GCAAGCUCGUCGCGCGCCUUCGCACCCGUCACGCGCGCAGGCACAAUGAAGCUCUUGACCCUCCUCUUCGCGGGCGCCGCGGCCCUCGCGCCGACGCCGGCGAAAAACAUCAAGGCGUCGAAGCCGGCGGCGCUCCCGUACCAGGUCGCCGCCGCCGCGACGGCGUUCGCGCCGCUCGCGGCCCUCGCCGGCGGCCAGGCCGAGGGCACCGGUCUGGCUCUGGGCAUCGAGGACGUGCGCGAGGGCUACGCGCUGCUCGGCAUGGGCGGGUUCAUGUUCGCGGUCUUCUUCCGCUGGAGCGCGGAGCAGCCCGACGCGGACAGCGACUUCUUCGGCGAGUACGACGAGCGCCGCCUCUAGGGUUACCAUGUAA